AUGAAGCUUAGGCGGAACCUUCGUCGCACUGCUGCAGUCCACCCCGAGCCGCGCUCGCUUCUCUUCCCUGAGGGUCCUGUCGCCGAUCCCACGCCUAAAACUCCUACUGUCCCCACGCCUACCACCCCUGCCGUUCCGACGCCUAAGACUCCUGGCGUCCCCACGCCCACGACUCCUGCCGUCCCCACGCCCACGACUCCUGUCCCCACACCUAAGGCUCCCGGCGUCCCCACGCCCACAACACCUACCGUCCCCACGCCUAAGACUCCUGGCGUCCCCACGCCCACAACUCCCCCAGUCAACCCCAGCGUCCCCACACCCAAAGCCCCGGGCUCGACUCCCACUCCCAAGGUUCCCCCAACGGUCCCUGGUGCUAAAAUUCCCCCCGGCGUCCCAAAUCCCAAGGUUCCGCCUGUUGCGCCUGGUUCCACGGCCGCGCCUGGCGUUCCGAAUCCUAAACUUCCGCCGCUUGCGCCUGGUUCCACGGCCGCGCCUGGCGUUCCGAAUCCUAAACUUCCGCCGCUUGCGCCUGGUUCUACGGGCGCGCCUGUCGUUCCGAAGCCCAAGACCCCGCCUGUAGCUCCUGGCAGUCUUGCCGCCCCUGGCGUUCCACGCCCCAAAGUAACCCCCGCUGCACCAAGCUCCGCCGCUGCUCCAGGUUCUGCCGCUGCUCCAGGUUCCGCUUCUGCGCCUGGCUCCGCCUCUGCGCCUGCUUCCGCGCCUGCCAAAGUUCCGAAGCCUGCCCCUGGCUCCGCCAAGGCUCCGGUCCUUGCCCCCGGUUCCACGCGCGCCCCAUCAGGUGUGCCGAAAAACGGUUCCAUCACCGCGCCGGCGUCGGUCCCCCCGCCGCGCCCCGCGCAGCCCUCCGCUCCGCUUCCGCAGCUUUCUACCUCGGCGAACGCUGCGGCGGUCCCCUACUCGACGACCCCCCCCGCGAACACGACCGCGACGGCGGACAGUGGCGGAAACAGCGUGUCCGCGGGUGCGGUUGCGGGGAUUGCAAUUGGUGUGACGCUGGGGUUCGUGCUGCUGGUGGUGCUGGGACUGUACGUGUUCCUGCUGCUGAGGCGCAAGAAGGAGGAGGCCGACGGCGAGAAGAAGGGGAAAGCGGGCGGUGCGGGCAAAGGGGCUACUAAAAGCAAAGUACCGUUCUACGCAGCUCCGUUCAAGACGAGUAAGGCCACUGGCAAUCCGGAAAGCGCGGAGGUGCAAGACGGCGGCGAGUCCGGAGUGACAGGGAUACCGCCAGCAGCAGCAGCGGCGGCAGUGGCAGGAGCAGGCGCAGUGGCGACAGGAGCAGCGGUCGCAGCCGCUUCCGCGGGAUCUGCCCCUGCUGACAAAGCAGCUGACGUGGCAUCUGCUGACGUGGCACCUGCUGGCGCGGCGGCUGCUAGUGGCGCAGUGAGUGCUCGCCCAAACGCAAGUCCGCCGUCUGCUAAAGCCGGGAAUAGCCUGACUCCCCCGCCGGGUUCCGCUGGAGGCGCAGGCGGCGCAAGUCCGCUGGCGACCGCAGCGGGAGGUGCAGCAACGGCUUCGGCCGCAGGUUCGGCAGCAGGAGGGGCGGCGCCAGCUGCUGGUGUUGUUGCGGGUGCUGCGGCGGCAGUAGCGGCAGGUGCGGUAGUGGGAGCGGCAGCUGCCACCGCGGCGGCAACAAAGACGCCAGCAGCCGCGAGAGCCGCUGCUGUUCCUGCUACUGGCGCAGCUGGCGCGGGGGUGGUCGCAGGAGCAGCGGCAGCUAAGUCAGGAAACGAGGAGGACGAAAUCGAUCCGUCCGAGCAGUGGUGGUUCCCCGCUGAAGAGCUCGACCAAGCUACAGAACGCUUCGCUCUUUCGAACAAGCUCGGAUCGGGAACUUUCGGAACGACGUACAAGGGAGUGUUGGAAGACGGGCAGGAGGUUGCGGUGAAGGUGCUGAAAGUGAAGGGUUCGCUGAGCGACGCGGCAUGGAAAUCCGACGCGGAGACGGUUUUCGCGAUUCAGCACGAGAACCUGGUUACUUAUUUGGGUUAUUGCCUCGCCAGUUCGCAGCGAAUGUUGGUGCAGGAAUUUGUCGCGAACAGUUCGCUUGACGCGGCGCUGCAUGGGAGUAACAAGCCAAUCUUGGCGUGGAAUUUCCGAAUGAAGAUCGCCAAGGGCGCUGCGAGGGCUCUCACGUUUCUCCACGAAGGAUGCACCCCCCCCGUUAUUCACAAGGACAUCAAGUCAUCUAACAUUCUGCUGGACGCACAGCACGAGGUCAAGCUGAGUGACUACGGGUCAGCCAAGCUGGCAGGAGAUGCUGCCCUCACGACCAUUGUCAGCUCGGCCGGCUCUUAUGGCUACCUGGCGCCGGAACAUGCGCUCACAGGCAAGCUUACAGAGAAGUCGGACGUGUACUCGUUUGGAGUGGUCUUGCUGGAGCUUAUUACUGGAAGGAAGCCCAGCGACAAGCAGAGGGGCCAGAAGGACAGCCUGGUUGAGUGGGCUCGGCCACUCCUCGCCUCCAACACGCUCAAGGAGCUAGCUGACCCGAACCUGGAUGGCUGCUUCGGAGUGAAGGAGAUGGAUCGUGUCAUUGUGGCUGCCUCGCAGUGUGUGAGGCAGUCUGCUGUCCUCCGACCAAGCAUGAGCCAACUUAGCCCAUCGUCCGCCAACCAAUCUCCAUUUCCUUUUCCCUGCCUACUUCGAGAUUA